CUCCAAGAAUAAUUUCCACUGGGGAGAAAUGUGCAUUUGAAUGCCAAAGAGGAAGAUAUUAUUCAUAUCCUUCGUGACUGUAAGAUAUAGCAGUUUCAGUUUCUUUCGUUCUAACUAAUGAUCAUUUCAGUUUCUUUCGUUCUAACUUGCACGUUUGGCCACGACUCAAUAGGACAAAGUAACAGGGGUAUGCGAGAUUUAGCAGAUGGCCGUGGUGAAAAGUGUUUUGCUUUGUAUGCUGGUUACUUUGGGAAAACAGAUGCCACGACAUUAUGGAGGGCACCAGAAUUCAAGAUUACGGAAUUGUCCCGGCAAGUCUUUAUCAGAUGAUGGCGUCCACUGAGCAAUUGCAAAUUCAGGCACAGAAUCUUCAAUCUCACUACGUAUCCAGAAAUGAAGUGGCACCCACCACUCAAAGAUUAUGUUCACCUCGAUCCUGAUGGUUCGGUGAACAGUCAACGACUUACUCAGAGACUCGAAUAAGCAGCAUAAUUUCACAAAAAUUCUUGCUUGCACCGACUCUUUGGAAGCCAUACAUUUGCUCAUGACUGACAGAGGAACCAACCAUCUAUUGAGUUUGGAGAUCAAUGAGGUAAGGAGUAUGAUACUAUCAGAUGGGGACAUCGAAAUCAGAUAUGCACGACUACUUAACCAAGGAAGCUCAUCAUUCGACCGAGAUUUACAUUGUCAUGCAGAACCCACCUUUUGGCUGUACUGUCGUUUCACUCUGACGUAGGAAUGUCUAGGUUGAUGUAAAGCGAAUGUCUAGGUUGAUGUAAAGCGUUUGUACUUGCCUUUCUAGUCGGGUGGGAAAAAAACUGAAUCAGUAAGAAAUCACCCCGAUAGGGACUAACAGAGAGCCCGAAACAAGGGAGAACGAGAACGAGUGAAGAAGACAACAGGCUAGGGCUGCGAACGAGAGUUAAAAAGGACAAAAACACCUGCGAUGACGGAGCACGAGAGGUGCGAUGAGUUGAAGACUAGGAACGGGUGAAUGGCUGAUGGCCGAGAUUCUUCCUUUCAGGGAGACUGAGCAAUGAAGGAAUUUCUCGCAAUGAAGAGUGAAGAUCGAAAGGAAAUAUGGUUUAAUUAGUUAGGAUGACGAUGAGGUGGACGGCUAAGGUUCUUCUUCCUAUUAUUGGAACGGUGGUCCCUGCUGCAUAAGGCUUACCUGGAUUAGCAGGGCGUUGCCACAUCAGCAAAUUAUUUUGCCUUUGUCAUUGUCACGGUUGCUGGGGACGAGGAUCUAAACAUUUAACCAUGGAUUUAAAAUUUUUAAGAAUAUAUUUACUGACAUUGAUGUUUCAUAACUUAAUUGGCGGAAAAAAAUGAGCGAUGUUUCGCCGCGAGCUUCUCUGGUUCUUCCAGUGUUCGUUCGUUAAUGAAACCCGAAAAUUCCCACGGAAAUUCCAUUUCAGUUCCCUAUGUAAUCCUGUACUCACACCUGGAUCGUCGUAAAUCUGUGGACCACUUGGACAAACUUUGCUUGGAGUGUUCCCCGUACAAGUUUGAUCUGGUUCCUCGCCAUGUUCGAAAGCCACGUAUUGCAUUUGCUUCGAAGAUAUCUGGGCGAAUACGUACAUGGGCUGUCGACAGAGGCGUUAAGAAUAAGUGUCUGGAAGGGUGACGUUGUCCUCAAAGAUUUGAAGUUGAAGGCAGAGGCAUUAAAUGCACUAAAAUUACCAGUUACUGUCAAAGCUGGCUUUGUUGGCGCCAUUACUCUGAAGGUUCCUUGGAAAAGUUUGGGCAAAGCACCUGUGGUCGUUUUGAUUGAUCGUGUGUUUAUUCUUGCUAAUCCUGCUCUUGAUGGACGGACAAUAAAGGAGGAGGAUGUGGAAAAACUUUUCCAAGCCAAGCUCCAGGAGAUUAAGGAAGCAGAGUCAGCCACGCUUGAUGCAAUAUCCAAGUCAAACUUCAGAAGUCCACCUUCUGGAAAUUCAUGGUUGAGCUCUCUAAUUGCAACUAUUAUUGGAAAUCUUAAGAUCACUAUUAGCAAUGUACAUAUCAGAUACGAAGAUUCAAUAAGUAAUCCUGGCCAUCCGUUUUGCUCGGGUGUUACUUUGGCUAAACUUGCUGCUGUUACAAUGGAUGAGCAGGGAAAGGAAACCUUUGAUACUAGUGGUGCUUUGGAUAAAUUGCGAAAGUCAUUAAAACUUCAGAGGCUAGCUCUUUAUCAUGAUUCUGACUGCCCUCCUUGGGAGAUUGACAAGAGAUGGGAGGAUGUCAGUCCACAAGAAUGGAUUGAGAUAUUUGAAGAUGGCAUAAAUGAGCCUUCUGAUGACUGUAGACCGGUUUCUAAAUGGGCCAUGAAACGUACAUAUUUGGUUUUUCCCAUUAAUGCAAUCCUACAAUAUCACCGUCUUGGAAAGCAAGAACAGCAUAAUCCGGAAAUUCCAUUCGAAAAAGCUUCCCUUGUCCUCAGUGAUGUCUGUGUCACUCUGACUGAGGGUCAAUAUUAUGAUUGGAUUAAACUUUUGGAAGCUGCUUCAAGAUACAAGACGUAUGUGGAAGUCUCUCAUUUAAGACCUGUCGUUCCAGUUUCAGAGGCUCCUGAUCUGUGGUGGAAGUAUGCUGCUCAAGCUGGACUGCAACAGAGGAUGAUGUGCUAUCGCUUAUCAUGGGAUCAAAUUCGGAAUCUUUGUCGGUGUCGUCGUCAGUACAUUCAAUUGUACAUGGCUUCUCUUCAACAUUCAUCACAUGUUAACCAUGAAGAAAUCAGAGAAAUAGAAAAAGAUCUUGAUCCUAAAGUGAUUCUUCUAUGGAGGUUACUAGCUCAUGCAAAGGUUACAUCUGCAAAAUCGAAGGUAGCAGCUGAACAAAGGAGGCUUAGGAAUAAAAGCUGGUUUUCAUUUACAUGGAGUGCUGAAACAGAAGAAGCCUCUGUGAAGAAUUCUUCUGGGUUAACAGAUGAAAGGCUGACCAAAGAAGAAUGGGAGGCAAUCAACAAAUUGCUUAGUUACCAGCCUGAUGAGGAGCUUAUGCUACCUUCACCAAAGGACAUGUCAAAAAUGAUCCAGUUUCUAGUAACCGUAUCUGUUUAUCAGGCUGCUGCACGGAUUGUCAAUGUGAAUCGGAUGGAAAUUGUUUGCGGUCGAUUUGAGCAGCUCAAUGUGUCAACAAAGUUCAAGCAUCGGAGUAUUUACUGCAACGUGCUACUAAAAUUUUGUGGUUUAUCUGCUCCUGAAGGUUCACUUGCGCAGAGUGUCUGUAGUGGGCAGAAGGUUAAUGCGUUAACUGCUAGUUUUGUGCAUUUACCAAUCGGGGAGAACAUUGACUGGAGGCUGUCAGCUACAAUCUCUCCUUGCCAUAUUACGGUUUUGAUGGAAAGUAUUGAUCGCAUCGUUGAAUUUUUUAAAAGAAGCAAUUCAGUCAGUCCCACUGUUGCAUCAGAGACAGCUACUGCCUUGCAGAUUAAGUUUGAGAAAGUAACUCGUAGAGCACAGGAGCAAUUUUACAUGGUUCUAGAGGAACAAAGCAGAUUUGCGUUUGAUAUUGAUCUUGAUGCUCCCAAAGUUAGAGUUCCUCUCAGAACUAGUGGUUCAACCAGAUGCUGUAGUCAUUUUCUUCUAGAUUUUGGUCAUUUUACACUGCAUACUGCGGCCAGUCAGUUAAGUGAGCAGAGUCAGAAUCUUUAUUCUCGAUUUUAUAUCUCUGGGCGAGAUAUAGCUGCUUUUUUUACAAAUUGUGGCUCUGACUUGGAGAGUUGCAGUUUGGUGAAAUUAAAUUGUAGCAGCCAACUAAUGAUGUCACUUGCUGCAGAAAAAGUUGAAAAUCUCUAUUCUCUCAUUGAUAGGUGCGGAGUGACAGUUCUUGUUGAUCUGAUUAAAGUGCCUCAUCCAACUUAUCCAUCAACUCGUAUUUUGGUUCAAGUACCAAAUGUUGGCAUUCACUUCUCACCAACAAGAUAUUUGAAAAUUGUGGAGUUGAUGAACAUAAUUUACGGGGCAUUAGAAACCUGCAGUGAGCCAGCUGCUGGUAGUUUCCAAGAUAAACUUGGGCCUUGGAGUCCUGGAGCUCUGGCCACUAAUUGCAGAAUCCUUGUUUGGAAGGGAAUUGGCAAUUCUGUGGCUUCAUGGCAACCUUGUUUUCUUGUUCUUUCUGGGUCGUAUAUUUAUGUAUAUGAAUCUGCAAGCUCUCACAGUUACCAGCGAUGUCUAAGCAUGGCUGGUAAGCAAGUCCUUGAGGUUCCUCCUACGAGUGUUGGUGGCUCGCCAUUUUGUAUUGCUGUUUACUUAAGGGGAACAGACGUUCAGAAGGCCUUAGAAUCUUCAAGCACCUGGAUCUUAGAUUUUCGAGAGGAAGAGAAGGUUAUCUGGUUUAAAGGCCUUAUAAAAGCUACCUAUCAAGCUUCUGCUCCUCCAUCAGUUGAUGUGCUCGGUGAAUCUAAAGAUGACACAGCUUCAUACAGUAUGCUCAGUACCACAGAUCCUAAAAGAGCUGACGUUGUGAUUAAUGCGGUAUUGGUGGAAUCAAAGCUGUUUAUUUACGGAAAGGCUGGAGAUAUUGUUGAUGAAAAGCUGGAUGAGUCACUAAUUAUUGAGAUUCUUGCUAGUACUGGAAAGGUGCAUGUCAUUCAAGCAGAUGGUGACCUGACGGUCAAGAUGAAGCUGCAUUCUUUGAGAAUCAAGGAUGAACUUCAGGGUUGUCUAUCUGUGGUUCCUCAUUAUCUAGCUAUUUCUGUGCUAAAAGAUGAAGCAUUAUCUAUUUCCUCUGGCUUACGUGAUUCUUAUGGGAAGGAUGUGUCUGUUAGAUAUGCUGAGGAUGAUCAUAGUUUUAAAGAUGCAUUGUCUGACUUCAUCUAUCAGACAGAUGCAGAUAAUUACUUGCAAAAUAUGAAUGUGGACCAGCGAGGAUUGAAGGGGAUUACAUCUGAUUUGGAGUCUCUCAAAACCAUGGUUCUUGAAAAAGAAUUUGAGAAGGGAAAGGAUACUCCCCUGGAGGUGUGUUAUGAGGCAGAAGGAAGUGAUCAUUCAGAUUUCAUAUCUGUCACUUUUUUGAUGAGGAGUUCACUAUCACCUGAUUAUGACGGUAUAGACACUCAGAUGAGUGUUCACAUGUCCAAACUGGAGUUCUACUGCAACAGGCCCACCAUUGUGGCAUUAAUUAAUUUUGGCUUGGAUAUAAGCUCUGUACGUUAUGUCACAAUUCCUAAUGACAAGGCACCAGCAUCUGAGGAGCACAAGUUUAUAAAAAAAGAAAAGGCAGAUGAAAAAGGGCGUGUUACAGAAUUGUUGGGCUUUAGUAAGGAACGUGCAAUAUUUCAUUUACAUUUGGAUGUAGACAGUGUAGCGGUUUUUCUUAAUAACGAGGAUGGAUCUCAGCUUGCUAUGCUGGUACAAGAAAGUUUCCUAUUGGAUCUAAAGGUUCACUUAAGUUCUCUAUCCAUCCAUGGCACAUUAGGAAAUUUCAGACUUUGUGAUAGGUCAUUCGGUGCAGAUCACUACUGGGCCUGGCUCUGUGAUAUACGCCAUCCAGGCAGUGACUCCCUUAUAAAGUUAAAAUUUCAUUCCUAUAGUGCUGAAGAUGAUGAUUAUGAAGGAUAUGACUACAGCUUGCAAGGUCAACUUUCUGCUGUUCGCAUUGUUUUCCUCUACAGAUUUGUGCAGGAGAUAACAGUAUACUUUAUGGAACUUGCCUCCCCACAUACUGAAGAAGCAAUCAAACUUGUUGAUAAAGUUGGAGGGUUUGAAUGGUUGAUUCAAAAAUAUGAAAUUGAUGGAGCUACUGCACUCAAGCUGGAUCUGACACUCGACACUCCAAUUAUCAUUGUUCCAAAAAAUUCAACAAGCAAAGAUUUCCUUCAACUUGAUUUGGGGAGGCUACAGAUUACAAAUGAGUUGAGUUGGCAUGGCUCUCAAGAGAAAGAUCCUUCUGCUGUCCAUAUCGAUCUUCUUCAUGCUCAGAUUAUAGGUAUCAACAUGUCAGUUGGAAUAGAUGGUAUUCUUGGAAAACCAAUGAUAAGGGAAGGUCAAGGGAUUGAUAUAUUUGUUCGUCGAAGCUUGAGGGAUGUUUUCAGGAUUGUGCCAACAUUUUCGCUUGAAGUGAAGGUGGAUCUGUUGCAUGGCAUAAUGUAUGCUAAAGAAUAUAAAGUGAUUUUGGAUUGUACAUACAUGAAUUUAUCUGAGGAAUCAAGGCUUCCUCCAAGCUUUCGUGGUGGAAAUUCUGCUUCAAAAGAUACUAUUAGGCUUCUGGUUGAUAAGGUUAACAUGAACAGUCAGCUUUUGCUGUCACAGACUGUUACAAUUAUGGCUGUUUUUGUCAACCAUGCAUUGCUAGAGUUGUGUAAUGGGAUUGAUGAAGCUUCACCAUUGGCUCAUAUUGUUCUGGAAGGCCUUUGGGUUUCAUACCGUAUGACUUCUUUGUCAGAAGCAGAUCUUUAUGUGACAAUUCCCAAAUUCUUUGUGUUAGAUGUUCGCCCAGACACAAAUUCUGAAAUGCGUUUGAUGCUUGGAACAUCAACUGAUGCGUUGAAGCAAGCAGUUACUGGAAACUUUCCCUUUAAUAGAAGCAUCUCUAGAAGGAUAAGCAGUGAAGCUGGAAUGGACAUUGAUUUGCCCAUUUUAACAAUGUUCUUGAUGGAUUACAGAUGGCGGAGGUCAUCCCAAUCAAUUGUGAUUCGUAUUCAGCAACCCCGGGUUCUUGUGGUGCUAGAUUUUCUUCUUGCUCUGGCUGAGUUUUUUGUACCUUCGUUGGGUUCAUUAAUUGGAAGAGAGGAAAGUAUGGAUCCAAAGAAUGAUCCUAUUAGCAAUGACAACAUAGUGCUGAUGAAGCCUGUUUACAAGCAGACAGAAGAUGUGGUUCACCUCUCUCCAUGCAAACAGUUAGUUGCUGACUGUGCUGGCAUCAAUGAGUAUACAUAUGACGGUUGUGGAAAGCUUAUCUGUUUAGGUCUUGAAACAGAUGCUACGGAACUUCACAACAGAAGGUUUCGACCAAUUAUACUCAUCGGUCAUGGGAAGAGAUUGCGAUUUGUUAAUGUAAAGAUUGAGAACGGUUCUCUUCUAAGGAAGUAUACAUACCUUAGUAAUGAUAGCAGCUACUCAGUCUCUAUAGAUGAUGGUGUUGAAAUAGUACAGCUGGACAAGCCCUCGUUUAGUGGCAAGAAGAACCUGGAGCGUAUGGCUAAAUCAUUUGACACUUCGAGUUCUGUAUAUUCCCAAAGUGAAUAUAGUGGAAUUCAAAGUUUCACCUUUGACACCCAGGUUAUCUCUUCAGAAUUCACCUUCUAUUGUGAUACAAAGUCAUCUUUGGAUGAUUCAUGGUAUGGAGAAAAGCUUAUUCGAGCUAAGUUGGACUUAAGCUUCAUGUAUGCCUCCAAGGAAAAAGACACUUGGAUUAGAGGCUUGGUGAAAGAUUUUACUGUUGAGGCUGGUUCUGGUCUUGUCAUCCUGGAUCCAGUGGAUAUUUCCGGUGGAUAUACUUCAGUAAAGAACAAGAGAAAUAUUUCUUUACUAUCAACAGACAUAUGUAUCCAUCUUUCACUUAGUGUUGUUUCUCUUAUACUCAAUCUGCAAAGUCAGGCAUCAGCUGCAUUGAAUUUUGGAAAUACAACACCCCUGGUUCCAUGUACCAACUUUGACCGCAUUUGGGUGUCUCAAAAAGAGGUUGACUCUCAAAACAGUAUCACCUUUUGGAGGGCUCGACCACCGGCAAAUUAUGUUGUGUUAGGAGAUUGUGUGACAUCAAGGGCAAUUCCUCCUUCACAGGCGGUAAUGGCAGUAAGCAACAUAUAUGGUCGUGUAAGGAAGCCUAUUGGUUUCCACCUUAUCGGAUCAUUUAUGAGUAUUCAGGGCCUCCACUCUGUUUCUGGCAGUGAUUGCUUUCUCUGGAUGCCUAUUGCACCCACAGGCUACAUAGCAUUAGGUUGUGUAGCUCAUGUAGGGAGACACCCACCCACAACUCAUGUUGUUCAUUGCUUACGUUCAGAUCUUGUAACAUCAACAUUAGUUUCAGAUUGCAUAUUUAAUAUUCCUCCGAACAUUCACUUUACUUCUGGAUUUAGCAUAUGGCGUCUUGAUAAUGUUAUUGGGUCGUUUUUUGCACAUUCUUCAAUUGAAUGUCCCCGUGAAGAUAGAUGUUACGGCCUUAAUCAUCUGCUACUCUGGAACUCAAAUCAAGUGUCGUCUUAUCUAGUAGAUCCAGUUGCAGAUUUUAAUUCUGAUCAUGAUGAUGAAUAUCAGGGGUUAGACCAAAGUAUGAAUACCUCUGAAUGGGAUAUUCUCAGCUCCAUUUCAAGAGGAGCUAGCUUCUAUAUGUCAACGCCUAAUUUUGAGAGAAUUUGGUGGGACAAAGGCACUGAUCUUCAUCAUUCAGUCUCCAUUUGGCGACCUAUUGCUCAUCUUGGUUAUGCUGCCUUGGCUGAUUGCAUCACUGAAGGCCUGGAGCCUCCUACACUUGGAAUAAUCUUUAAGAAUGACAAUCCUGAUAUUUCAGCAAAACCUGUUCAAUUUACCAAAGUCGCCCAUAUUGUAGGCAAAGGAAUUGAGGAAGUUUUUUUCUGGUAUCCUACAGCUCCUCCUGGUUAUGUUUCUCUAGGAUGUAUUGGCUCCAGAACAGACGAACCACCAAGUGUAGAUUUGUUAUGCUGCCCAAGGAUUGAUCUUGUUAGUCAAGCAGAUGUUCAUGAGGUGCCACUUUCAAGAUCUUCAAGAGCACCUCAAUGCUGGAGUAUAUGGAAAGUUGAAAAUCAGGCCUGCAGUUUUCUGGCUCGUUCUGAUCUUAGAAAGCCAUCCAACCGAUUGGCCUACAUAAUUGGUGAUUCAGUGAAGCCCAAGACUCGUGAUAACAUAACCACUGAGCUGAAACUCAAACGGCUUUCUUUGGCAAUUUUGGACAGCUUCUGUGGAAUGAUGACACCCCUAUUUGACACGACCAUUACCAACAUCAAACUUGCAACACAUGGUGGACUAGAAGGAUUGAAUGCAGUGCUGAUUUCUUCAAUUGCCGCAUCAACCUUUAAUGCACAAUUAGAGGCAUGGGAGCCACUUGUGGAGCCAUUUGAUGGAAUAUUUAAGUUUGAAAUUUAUGAUACCAAUGCACACUCACCAUCAGGGCUUGGAAAGAGAGUUCGUGUUGCUGCUACCAGUAUCCUGAAUGUGAAUAUCAGUGCAGCAAAUCUUGAAACCUUUGUGGAAGGCAUUCUUUCAUGGAGAAGACAAUUAGAUCUUGAACAGAAAGCAAUGAAGCUAAAUGAGGAGAUUGGUGGUCAACCAAGAAAUGGAGAAGACACAACUUUUUCUGCGUUGGAUGUGGAUGACUUGCAGACUGUGGUUGUAGAAAAUAAACUUGGUUGCAAUAUCUUUGUCAAAAAGUCUGAGCAAGAUAUAGAUACUGUUGACAAGCUACAUCACGGUGACUCUGCCUUGGUGUGGAUUUCACCUCCAAGGUUUUCAGAUAGGUUAAAUGUUGCGGACAAAUUUUUGGCACCGCGAUACUAUAUUUCUGUACAGAUACUUGGAGCCAGGGGUUUACCCGUCAUUGAUGAUGGAAACAGCCAUAACUUCUUCUGUGCUUUGCGUCUGGUUGUUGAGAGCCAACCAACAGAACAGCAAAAGCAUUUUCCCCAGACUGCAAGGACAAGAUGUGUGAAGCCUUUAAUUUCAAGUAGUGAUGGGGAUGAAGGCAUGGUAAAAUGGAAUGAACUCUUCAUUUUUGAACUUCCUCAAAAGACCCCUGCUAAGUUGGAAAUAGAGGUUACAAAUCUUGCUGCGAAAGCUGGAAAAGGUGAUGUUGUGGGUGAGCUUUCUGUUUCCGUUGGACAUAGUGCACAUACUUUAAGGAAGGUGGCUUCUGUGAGAAUGUGUCAUCAAGCACAUGAUGUCCCGAAUAUUACAUCAUAUCCACUCAGGAGAAUGGUUCAACAGAACAAUGAGGAAGACAUUAAUGAGGGGUGCCUCUUACUUUCAACUUCUUAUUUUGAAAAAAAUUCAAUUGCAAACCUUGAAAAAGAUACAGAAAAUAAGAAUGAUAUUGAUAGAGAUGUAGGUUUCUGGGUAGGGCUUGACCCUAGGGGUGAAUGGGCAAGUGUUCGAUCUUUGCUUCCACUUUUAGUGGUUCCCAAAUUAUUACAAAAUGAAUUUAUUGCAAUGGAAGUUGUCAUGAAAAAUGGCAAGAAACAUGUAAUUUUCAGGGGUCUUGUCACAACAGUGAAUGACUCGGACAUUCCAAUCAAUAUUUCUACAUGUGAGGCAUCUAUAAGCUAUGCUACAGAUCACUCACUUGGAGCAAGCGGUCCUGAGAUUUUACUGGAAGAGGUCUUUCAAAAUCAGUAUUAUCAUCCAACGUCUGGUUGGGUUAAUGAAUCACUAGGUUUGAAUCAUGAAAAUAUCUACCACUGGAGCACAAGGGACUUCUCAUACUCAUCAAAGGACUUCUUUGAACCUCCACUUCCUCACGGUUGGAAAUGGUCAUCAGCGUGGAUGAUAGACAGAUGUCAAUUUUCUGACAAUGAUGGCUGGGUAUAUGGGCCUGAUCUUAAAAGCUUGAAAUGGCCUCUUAACUCUUUAAAGUUUUCAGCAAAAUCAGCCUGUGAUGUUUUCCGACGGAGGCGUUGGAUUAGACAAAAGUUUUCUGAGGAAGGCAGAGAAUGCACAGGGAGUGGAACAUCUCUAGUAUAUCCUGGCGCUUCAACUGUUUUAUCUUGGGCAAGCACCUCCAAGGACUGUGAUAAAUGUUUGCAGGUUCAACCGAUUGUUGACAGUCCUCAGCUCUUCUAUUCAUCAGGUCUUGCAGUUGCUGUUGGUAAAAGUUAUAUGUAUGGUGGUAAAGAUCAGCUCCUAUUAGAUCAAGGUUCUAGACAGAAUUUACUAAUGUCCUAUUGUCCGUUGAAGCUAAAUCAGCUUCAGAAGAAGGAUGUACUUCUGUGCUGUAACCCUAGCAGCGGAAGCAAACUAUUUUGGUUAAGUGUUGGAAUUGAUGCCGCAGUUCUUAAUACUGAAGUAUAUGCACCUGUGUAUGAUUGGAGAAUAUCAAUUAACUCUCCUAUAAAAUUGGAGAACUGGCUUCCUUGCUCUGCUGAAUUUACAAUUUGGGAGAAAACCAAGGAAGGGAAUCGAGUUGAGCAGCAUCAUGGUACCAUAUUGUCUCGUCAGAAUGUGCAUAUAUAUUCUGUGGAUAUUCAGAAACCUGUGUAUCUAACUUUAUUUCUGGAGGAAGGCUGGGUUAUGGAAAAGGACGCUAUUUUGGUGCUGGAUUCUUCUUUUUCUGGUCAUGUCUCAUCAUUCCGAAUGGUUCACCAAAAAAGUAGUAGGAAAUUGCGUGUGAGCAUUGAACACGACAUGGGUGGGACCACUGCUGCACCUAAAACGUUGAGAUUUUUUGUUCCAUAUUGGAUUGUCAAUGAGUCAUCUCUUGCUCUAGCAUACCGUGUGGUGGGAGUGGAAUAUUUAGAAAGUGCAGAUAUGGAUUCUCUUCCACUUUCUAGAGGCAUCAAGUCUUCCAAAACAGUCGACAAAAAAAGUUCUGGUUCAAGGAGAAAUCUUCAAGUGUUUGAAGCAAUUGAAGACAGUGGUCAUUUUCCUAGCAUGCUCUCACCACAAGACUAUGCCAGUCGUAGUGGAGUUACAUUCUUUCAAUCCCAUAAAGAUACGUACCAGUCACCACAAGUGGGCAUUGCCAUUGCUAUGUGCCAUUCUGAAGUAUACAGCUCUGGGAUUUCUCUGCUUGAACUAGAAAACAAGGAACGGAUUGAUGUCAAGGUUCUAAGUUUAAAUGGAUCUUACUACAGGCUUUCAGCAUUAUUAAACAUGACGUCAGACAGAACAAAGGCAGUUCAUAUUCAGCCACACACAACAUUCAGUAAUCGAGCAGGUUGUAGUAUCUGCCUGAAGCAAUGUGAUUCUUCAGCAGCUGUAUGGAUUCAUCCCACUGAUUCUCCAAAACUCUUUGAGUGGCAGUCAUCCACCAAAAUUGGACUGUUGAAGUUGCGCAUUGAAGGCUACAAAUGGAGCACUCCAUUUAGUGUUUGCAAUGAAGGCACAAUGCGCAUUAGCUUGAAAAAAGAUGUCAGUGAUGAUCAAAUACAGUUAAGGGUGGCAGUGAGAAGUGGUGCCAAAAGAUCCCGUUUUGAAGUUAUUUUUCGUCCAAAUUCUUUGUCGAGUUCUUACAGGAUUGAGAAUCGUUCCAUGUCCUUGCCUAUUCACUUCUGUCAAGUUGAUGGCAUUGGUGAUUCUUGGCAGAUGCUUCCUCCUAACUCAGCUGCUUCAUUGCUGUGGGAAGAUCUUGGUAGAAGACGUUUAUUGGAACUAUUAGUCGAUGGAGCUGACCCAAUGGAAUCACUAAAGUACGAAAUCGAAGAAAUGUCUGACUGCCAGCCUAUCCAUGUAAAGGAUGGAUCAACCAGAUAUUUGCAUGUUACUAUUGUGAAAGAGGAGAAAAUCAAAGUUGUAAAAAUUAUCGAUUAUAUGCCAAAAACUGAACCUACAGUGGUCCUGAACAGAAAAUAUUUAUCAUCUAUGCCCCAGAUCUUAAAAAGUGACUUUCAAAAGCAACAACCUGUAGCAGAAAUAGAUUGUGAAUUUCACAUCACGUUUGAGCUUGCUGAACUUGGGAUAUCUUUUAUCGAUCAUAUACCUGAAGAAAUAUUGUACCUGUCUGUUCAAAAUCUUGUUCUAGCAUAUUCAACUGGUUUGGGAUCAGGAAUUAGUAGAUUUAACCUCAGCAUGAGCGGGCUGCAGGUUGACGACCAAUUGCCAUUAACUCCAAUGCCUGUUCUCUUAAGACCGCAGAGAGUACUGUCUGAAACUGAUUAUAUCCUGAAAAUUUCCAUGACAAUGCAAUCAAAUGGGUCAUUGGAUCUUCGUGUCUAUCCAUAUAUUGGUCUCCAUGGACCAGAAAGUUCUUCUGCCUUCUUAAUAAACAUCCAUGAACCUUUUGUUUGGCGCCUUCAUGAAAUGUUCCAGCAGGCUAAACUUAAUAGGUUGUAUAAUUCUCCAACCACUGCUGCUUCAGUUGAUCCAAUCAUUCAAAUUGGUGUCCUUAAUGUCUCGGAAGUUCGAUUCAAAGUGUCAAUGGCUAUGUCACCUAGUCAAAGGCCAAGAGGCGUGCUUGGGUUCUGGGCAUCCUUAAUGACUGCAUUGGGGAACAUGGAAAAUAUGCCUGUCAAGAUAAAUCAGAGAUUUCACGAGAAUGUGUGCAUGAGACGAAGUUCUAUGGUUAGUAUGGCUAUUUCAAAUAUCCAGAAGGAUCUACUAAGCCAGCCACUUCAGCUGCUCUCGGGUGUUGAUAUAUUGGGUAAUGCAAGUAGUGCACUUGGGCAUAUGAGUAAAAGUAUGGCUGCAUUAUCAAUGGAUAAGAAGUUUAUUCAAAGUCGGCAGAGACAGGAAAACAAAGGCAUAGAGGACUUUGGUGAUGUUAUAAGAGAGGGAGGUGGAGCAUUAGCUAAAGGUUUAUUCCGAGGAGUAACUGGAAUUUUGACAAAGCCUCUUGAAGGAGCAAAGACUUCUGGUGUAGAGGGUUUUGUUCAGGGCUUUGGGAAGGGAAUCAUCGGUGUAGCAGCACAACCAGUGAGUGGAGUUCUAGAUCUAUUGUCAAAAACCACUGAAGGUGCUAAUGCUAUGCGAAUGAAAAUUGCAUCAGCUAUAACAUCUGAUGAGCAACUUCUCAGGAGGAGAUUGCCUCGGGUGAUUAGUGGUGAUAAUCUGCUUACUCUAUAUGAUGAGUACAAAGCCCAAGGGCAGGUCAUAUUGCAGCUGGCAGAAUCAGGCUCAUUUUUUAGCCAGGUUGAUCUUUUUAAAAUUGGUGGGAACUUUGCCUCAUCAGAUGCUUAUGAAGAUCACUUUCUUCUACCAAAAGGGAAAAUCCUUAUGGUUACUCAUCGAAGAGUCGUACUAAUGCAGCAACCAUCCCAUAUUAUUGCUCAGAAGAAGUUCAGCCCUGCCAAGGAUCCUUGUUCGGUAAUCUGGGAUAUAGUGUGGAAUGACCUUAGGACCAUGGAGCUGACACAUGGAAAGAAAGAUAAACCAAAAGCUCCUCCUUCGCGGGUCAUUUUACAUUUACGGUCUAGAUCAUUGAAUUCAAAAGAAUAUGUUCGCAUUAUAAAAUGCAGCCCUGAAUCCCAUCAAGCUCUUGAAGUUUACUCAUCAAUUGAACAUGCAAUGAACACCUACGGCCAAAAUGAAUCGAAGGAAACACUGAAAAAUAAAGUGACAAAGCCAUAUUCCCCGCUAGGUGAUGGCUCUGGCGUGGAUUUAAUACAAAAAUAAGGAAUACACCCCUGGACUCCCCAAAAGAUGCCUCGAUCAAUUUCGGAAACUGAGUUUUAGAUUUCCUUCACCCAACACAAGGUUUCACGAUAGAAGAACUCGUAAAGCGUAGAUAUUGCGGACUCUGUUAGAUAUGCCACAUAUAUUUUGAUGAAAUUCAUUCUAUUUGCGAGUUUCAAAGGUUUGGUUUUAGACUUUUAGGCAUCAUUUUUGUCUUUCAACAAUGAGUGAUAUCGUUAAACACCAUGUUUUAAAAAAAAUAAAAUAAAAUAAAAUAAAAUAUCCUGUGUUUAUUAAA